ACGUUCCCAUCGACCAAUCAGCAUGCCUGAAGUUUGUUCCUCUAACAUCCUGUCAUGUUUUUAGUUUACUAAACUAGAACAUUCUACAAUCUGUCACUUUCUAACUUGGAAUCCUCUAGAGCUCUGUGUCUCAUAGAACUCUCAGAACUUCUAGACCCUGACCCAUCCUGAGUUGCAACCUUCUAGAAUCUGCACCUUCUACAACCCUGUUGUCGUCUCCUUGAACCUUUUAGAACCCUGUUGUCGUCUCCUUGAACCUUCUAGAACCCUGUGAUUUCUUCUGCUGUUCUCUGCCUGUAGGAGGGUAGCUCUCCAGCGUCCUCUGGCCCUGUUCCAGCCCCACAGACUCCACACACACUCAGGUCCUGAGGGUCAUAGGGGAAAGGUCAAGGUGGAGGUCACAGCACUGGCCAAGGGUCAUGAGUGCCUGUCAAGGGGAGGAGGAUGCUGAUUAUAGAGCCAUAACUGGGAUCCAUAUUGCUGGUCUGCGAAGGAGCUUCCGACUGAGCAGGAAAGCUGGUCAGAGCCGCGACCCAGGGACCCAGACCACGGAUGCCCAGGCCCAAGCCCAGACCCAGAUCCAGGCCCAGACUCCCACAUACCUGGAGGUGGUUCCCUACCUUAAGGCCCCCCACGACCCCCAUCGCCUGGUGCUGCUUGUGGGUCCCAGUGGUGUAGGAGUCAGUGAGCUGAAGAGGAGGAUUCUGAUCUCUGACCCUGAACGCUACAGCGUCACCGUGCCUCACACCACCAGAAAGAGGAGAAGCCAGGAGAGAGAUGGAGUGGACUAUCAUUUUGUCUCCAGAGAGACCUUCGAGAAGGCCAUUCUGGACCACAGGUUUAUAGAGUAUGGGCAGCAUAAGGGGAACUACUAUGGACUGAGUAUGUCAUCGGUCCACCAGGUCCUGGUGAUGGGUAAGGUGUGUCUGCUGGACGUCCAGCCACAGACCAUGCUCAGGUUGUACUCAGCAGAGCAGAAACCCUUGGUGGUGUUUGUGAAGCCGCCGGCCCUGGAGGAGCUUCGUCUCACCAGGAGGAGAGCUAAGCUGCUGUCAGACCUGGACACACCCAGAACUUUCUCAGAGGAGGACUUCCAGGACAUGAUUGGCUUAGCCGUCACCAUGGAAAACCAGUACGGCCACCUGUUCGAGAAGGUGGUAGUCAACGGCGACGUCGCCAUGGCGUUCACCGAGCUGAGGGUGGAGCUGGAAAAGAUGGGGAAGGAGAACCAGUGGAUCCCUGCCAGGUGGAACCGCACCUGAUCGCCCGAGGCAGCAGGUGGUUCAGAGACCCUGGUGCUGUAGCCUGGUGACAGAACUAGAAAGGUAUUUAGUCAGUUAGCUAGCUUGUUAGUUAGCUAGUUAGCUACCUAGUUAAUUAGUCAGUUAGCUAAUUAUUUAGCUUGUUAGUUAGUUACUCAUCUAGUCACUUAGCUAGUCAAUUAGCUAACUAGUUAGUUAGCAACAAAGCUAGUUAGUUAUCUGGUAGGUUAGGCCCCCUCUCUGCCCAGUCCCAGUUCCCAGUGUGUUAUGGUCCAGACAGCUGCUGGGUUUGGCCAAGCUGGGACGAGGGAAAACUGAUGAAUCAUGUUUAGCCUCAGACACCGUCCUGGGAUUAUUGAAAAUGUAUCCCAUAAUAAUGAUGUUAAGUAAAUAAUAAAAAAAGUUAAAACAACCUCCAUUAAAACUUGUAAGUAAAUGUCUGUUACAUAUUCACACUCUCUUUCACACACACACACAAACACACACUACAUUACUGGCAUUUUAUUUGCCCUGGAACGUAUUCCCUUCCAGGUCAUGGGUGUUAGCUACAGAGUGCGCUGCUGAAUGUGACUUCAGCUCUCAGUCUGAAUGUGACUUCAGCUCUCAGUCUGAAUGUGACUUCAGCUCUCAGUCUGAAUGUGACUUCAGCUCUCAGUCUGAAUGUGACUUCAGCUCUCAGUCUGAAUGUAACUCUGGAACCCAUGCUGUUUAAUGACUCCUCAGUAACACUUUAGAAGCUGUUUAUUCAUCCUCUCAACUACUCUCCUGGGGAGGAGAGGACUGAGGAUA